AUGAAAUUAACAUUAGUGGUGCAAUAUUGUUUGGAUACUGUAGAAAACUAUCAGGCACUUGUAAUCCAAAGCAUGCCCUGGAGGGAGCAGAAAGCGUUGCUCCUGGCAACGGGGGCGGUGCCCGUAGUAUCUGAUCCCGAACAGGCUCGGUUGGGAGGGGUUAGGAAGUGGGGGACCGCUGCUAAGACCCGCCGGUGGCUGCGGCGCCUGAGCUCUAGAAUUCUGGCCAAGCCACCGGUGCUCAGCCAGCGAUGGUCAUCGCUCAAUCGUUCCAUAGGGCGGCGGUCGACAGCCUGGAACACUCCCCAGAGUCGCGUGGGCAGUGCCACUAAGCAGUUCUCUCUGCGCGUGCGGCUGGAGGAGACUGGCGAGAUGUUUCGACUGCACAACUGCCGCCAGGAAACCACCGUGAGGGAGCUGAGGGAGGAGCUAGAUCUGGUGUCCGGGAUUCCCUAUCACUUCCAGCGCGUCUGUUACCUGGACCAAGGAGUUUUGAUGGAUGAUUCCACAUUAGGGUUCCAUGAUGUUGUUCCUGGUGGAACACUUUCAAUGUAUAUCUGGCCGCAGGAUGGAUGGAAAGAACUUGUUUUUGCUGCUGUGGAAGGGGACACUAGUAAGCUAUCUUGUCUAGGUGUUACUGAAGAUUCUUUAUACAGAACUCCACAUUCUUUACUUUUAAAAGCAAAGAAACUUAAGGAAUGGAUAGAUGACCGAGCUUUCGUGGCUUUGUAUAUUACAGCACAUAGAGGCCAUUCUGAAGCCUUACGUUUUCUCCUAGCAAAUGGAACCAAUUGUCAGGGCAGAACACCACUAGGCAGAACAGCUCUUCAUGCUGCUGCAGCCACGGGACAGAUCACCACUAUAAAUCUGCUUCUGGAUUAUGGGGCACUUCUCAGUGACAAGGAUUUUAAGGGAGAAACAGUAGCAGAAAUAGCACGUCGCCUGAAAACUAUACCAAUCAACUUUAUCUUAUGGAAAAGAAAGACUGAAACCAAGAAUGCAAAAAAGAAGUAAAUGUGUGGCAGAGCCUGGAGUCCCUGGUGCCCCCCAGUGUGUUGUAAUGCCUGGAAACCUAGAUAUAUAUUGUGAAGUAAUGAAGCUAAGGCCCAGAGAUGUCAGAUGACCACACUGAAGUCAUAAGGCGAGUUAAUGCUUGUACAAGACAAAAGACCAGACCUUGCAACACCAUUUUGUGACUAUACUAUUCUACAAUUUGGAAAUAUUUUUUACUGAAGAAGAAAAUGCCCUUCAUUUGCUAGAGAAUGGACAGUACUACAAUGCAUUGUGGAAUCUGAAGUCAGUUGUUGAAGCUUUCAGCAGAGGGCACUAUGAGGAAACUGAGGCUAAGAGAAGUCAAAUGAGGUGCUGCCAAGGGUUACCCAGUUGGCUUAACUCAAUUGUUCAGAAACCAGUGCUUAUGGUAUCAAGCCACUUGGAUUCCUGUAGGAGCCUUUAGCUUUCAUCUGCUUCCACCUACAUUUCUAGACCUGCCAGCCUUCUUGCAAAUGUGGUCACUUGAAAACAUGAGACUAUGGAGCGAUCAGUGCAACCCAUGCCAUUAACUAAAAAACAACACAGUACACAGGCUUUACUGAGAAUGUCACUAGCAGCAGAAACAUCUCUGGAUGUAAGAAAGGAAAUUUAAAGAGGAUAAGAUUCUAUUGAACUUCUGUCAGAUGGAGACUAGAAUGAUGACCUUAUCCUCCUUAUUGAGCACCAGACAUCAAUGACCCUCUCAUUGACACUGAAGGAUAAGUCUUUUGAGCAAAA